UGUUUUUGUUCAAAUAAUAAUUUCUGAUAUCGAAAAUUAUUAACUACAUAAAAAUUAUGUUGGAGAAAAUAAUAUUGGCAAAAAGUUUUGUAAAGAUUGAGUGGAAGAGGUUUGGAUUAUGGGUACUUUUUAGCUUUUUUGUGGUGAUGAUCAGCCUUUGUGCAGUUCUUAAGCCUUAUAGGGUUCCUCCUAUCAUUUCAAUUUUAUCAGAUGUCUCCGAAAAGACGGUUGCUCCUAUUGCUUCUGAUGUCCUUCCCGAUCCUCGAAUCGAGCCAUUAAAAUCUAUGGAGACGUUAGAAUCAUUAUGUGUUUAUGGUGAAAAAUCAAAUUUUUGUGAAUUAAAUGGAGAUAUAAGAAUCCAUGGAAACUCAUCUUCCAUUUAUUUCACUUCAAGUCAACUCAAAAACAAAGUAUUCCAAAACAAUUCAUUGGGUGUUAAGCUUUAUGCUAGAAAAAUUGAUAGAACUGUAAUGAAAAAGAUCAAAGAAGUAUGGAUUAAACCAAUAUUAUCAUCAUCUAAUCAUGUAAUUAUCCCUAAUUGCACAAUUAAUCACUCUGUUCCAUUCAUAGUUCUAUCAACUGGUGGGUAUGCAGGCAACAUUUUUCAUGAUACAAGUGAUGUUUUAAUCCCACUUUAUCUUACUUCUUUACAUUUUAAUGGUGAAGUUCAAUUCCUUGCACAAGAGAAAAAUCCAUGGUGGAUUAAUAGACAUGAGGUUAUGUUUAAAGCAUUGUCUAAUUACCCAAUUAUAGAUUUUGAUCAUGAUGAUCAUGUUAGAUGUUUUAAGGGUGGAAUUGUUGGUUUAAAAUCAAACAAAGAUUUUGGGAUUAGUCUUGCAAAGUUUAAUCCAAAUGGGUUAAGUUUGAGGAACUUUACACAAUUUAAUAGACGAGUUUAUUCCUUGAAAAGAGAUUCUGUGACUGAAAAGACUAAUAGGCAAAAAAGAAAACCGAGACUCUUGAUCGUUUCAAGGAAGAAAACUCGAGCUAUUUUGAAUGAAGAUGAACUCAAACAGGUAGCUCGAGGAUUAGGAUUUGAGGUUGAGAUUGUUGACGCGAAUAUGAAUUUAAAGAAUUUUUCAAAAAUAGUGAAUUCUAUGGAUGUGAUGGUGGGUGUUCAUGGAGCAGGGUUAACAAAUAUGAUUUAUUUACCAGAAAAUGCUGUUUUGAUUCAAAUUGUUCCAAUUGGAUGUGGGCCCAUAUCUAGGAUUUUUUAUGAAAAUCCUGCUAGAGAUAUGAACUUGAAUUAUUUGGAGUAUAAAGUUAAUGUUAUGGAAAGUAGCCUAAUUGAACAAUAUCCUAGGGAUCAUAUUAUAAUUAAUGAUCCUAGUAAUGCUAUUAAGAAUGAUUGGCUUGGUUUCAAGAAAGUUUAUAUGGAUAACCAAGAUGUUAGAUUGGAUUUGAGUAGGUUUAAGCUUGUUUUAUUAAAGGCAUUGGCAAUUUUGAGUCAUAAAUCCAGUAUUUAGAUC